GAGCUGAUUGUAAAGUUGAUAUACGUCGGACUCGUGAUACAAAACUGUUCUAUUAUUUCUUUUUGGGUUUGCAGCACUUGAGAACCCCCGUAUCUCAUCUCCACUUCAACUUUUGCUGAUUCUGCUUUUAAGCUUUUCUUCACUACUUUCUGCUCAGGUCUUUGUAGAUUCGCAAAUUUCAAGUUUCAUAUUAAUAGCAAAAUUCAUAAGGUCGCGAACAUGGCAAUGGCUCCUACAGUGAAAGUGGUUCUAGGCUCAUUUGCCUUUGCUGUCUUUUGGGUACUGGCAGUAUUUCCAGCUGUGCCAUUCUUACCUAUUGGAAGAACCGCAGGGUCUCUCCUUGGGGCUAUGCUCAUGGUUCUUUUUCAAGUCAUGACUCCAGAUCAAGCAUAUGCUGCUAUUGAUCUUCCAAUACUUGGUCUGCUAUUUGGUACAAUGGUGGUUAGUGUCUAUCUAGAAAGAGCUGAUAUGUUUGGAUACUUGGGUAAAUUGCUGUCAUGGAAAAGCAAGGGACCCAAAGACUUGCUUUGUCGGCUAUGUGUUAUUUCUGCCAUUUCCAGUGCUCUUUUUACUAAUGAUACCACCUGUGUUGUUUUGACAGAGUUUGUCUUGAAAAUUGCGAGGCAACACAACCUUCCACCUCACCCUUUUCUUUUAGCGCUUGCCUCGAGUGCAAAUAUUGGAUCUUCAGCAACACCAAUUGGGAACCCUCAAAACCUUGUUAUAGCCGUGCAGAGUAAGAUUACUUUUGGGGAAUUUUUAAUUGGACUUUUUCCUGCAAUGGCUGUUGGAGUUAUUGUGAAUACCUUAGUUCUUUUAUGUAUGUAUUGGAAGUUGUUAUCUGAUCCGAAGGAUGUUGAAGAUGCUUCCUGUGAAGUUGUUCCUGCUGAAGAAGUGGUGUCUCAUCGUUUUUCCCCCGCAACAAUGUCACAUCUCACCUCUUUAAACUCUGAAGAUUUAAGAUAUACAUUAGAAUCACUGAGUGUUAGAGGCUCUCCUAAUAUUAACUGGUCUGCUGACGAUACACUUAGGAACCGUAGUAUUGCAAGUGAGUUCCUGAACAACAAAGGCCUUAACGGAGAGAUAGAACCAAAAGACACAAGAAUAGUCGAGCCUUUGCAGAAAGAGGAAGGAACUUCACUUUCAAGUCCGGUUCCAUCGGUAAAUGGUUUGGCUAAUAUCGAUAAUGUUGUUAGGCCUAUGGCAGAGGAGAAAGGACUGAAAACAAAAUGGAGGAGAAUUUUGUGGAAGACAUGUGUGUAUCUUGUUACUGUUGGAAUGCUGAUUGCUUUGCUUAUGGGGUUGAAUAUGUCAUGGACUGCUGUAACAGCUGCACUUGCUCUCAUAGUUCUUGAUUUUAAGGACGCUCGGCCAUCUUUGGAAAAGGUAUCUUAUUCACUCUUAAUAUUCUUCUGCGGGAUGUUUAUUACUGUUGAUGGCUUUAACAAGACAGGAAUUCCGAGUGCUCUAUGGGACUUCAUGGAGCCUCUUGCACAGAUUGAUCAUGUUUCUGGGGUAGCAAUACUUGCAAUUGUCAUACUAGUUCUCUCAAAUUUGGCCUCAAAUGUACCAACUGCACAGCUUCAAACGUGGCUGAGAAAUGUUUAUGCGGCAAUAUUGUGGUCCAACAAACAUCCUGGACUCAAUCAAAUCUUGGGAGGUGUUUUGCGGCAUAUGUUGAUCGUAGGUGCAACAAGUCAUUCUGAUGGUUGGAGGAACCUGUUUGUAGUAGAGCUCAGGUUAUUAUCCCAGGUCUUAUUCGAAGAAUUAACAGCUUGAAGAAGAAAAAACGGAGUUUGAAGCAAAACUGGCAGAACAUGUCCUUAAGAAAAAUGGAAGCAUCCAUUGUUCCUGUAGCUUUUCCCUCUUCAUUCUGGUUGCACUUAUUUCCUAUAUGAUAUGUAAAAAGGUUGAUGUUGAAGGGAUGUGAUAAUAAUAGACUUUAUUAUAAAAUGAUGUGCUGCUUUGUGUAAUAACAUGAGUGAAAAGAAGUCUGAAGACACUAGUUAAAUAACUGAAUAUUUCCAUAAACAUGUUGUCGGAGCUAGUCAUUCAAAUACA